AAGUAACUCCGGAGUACGAGGGGAACCGGUGCCGCCGCCGCGAUCGUCGCGCCGCAGACGGCUGCCCCAGCGGGCGGCCCCGGGGGCCAGCGGGCACCCCUCGGCGCGGGGGGUCUCCUGGCGAGGCGCCGAGGCGGUAGGGGCGAGCUCCGCCCGCCGCCGCGGGCCGGAGCAGCCCCGGCCUCUUUGGAAAACUUCUCCGCAAGUCGGCAUGGGCAGGGGGACCGGCGCCGCCGCCUCGCUGCCGCUGCUGGCGGCGCUUGCCCUGCUGGCAGGCUCCUCGCCCGCCCUACUCGGAGCGGCCCGGGCCCAGCUCUCCGCAGGGGGAUGUACGUUUGAUGAUGGUCCUGGACCCUGUGACUACCAUCAAGACUUGUAUGAUGACUUCGACUGGGUACAUGUCAGUGCUCAAGAACCUCACUAUUUGCCACCUGAGAUGCCUCAAGGAUCAUAUAUGAUAGUGAUUUCCUCAGACCAUGACCCUGGAGAAAAGACUCGACUCCAGCUUCCUACGAUGAAAGAGAAUGAUACUCACUGUAUUGAUUUCAGCUACCUUCUGUACAGUAAGAAUGGGGCAAACCCAGGAACUUUGAACAUCCUGGUUAGGGUGAACAAAGGGCCACUGGCUAAUCCCAUCUGGAAUGUCACCGGCUCCACUGGCAAAGACUGGCUUCGUGCGGAGUUGGCUGUCAGCACUUUCUGGCCCAAUGAGUAUCAGGUAAUAUUUGAAGCUGAAGUCUCAGAUGGGAGAAAUGGCUACAUUGCCAUUGAUGACAUCCAGGUUCUGAGUUACCCUUGUGAUAAAUCUCCACAUUUCUUGAGGCUAGGGGACGUAGAGGUCAAUGCAGGGCAGAAUGCUACAUUUCAAUGCAUUGCUACGGGGAGAGAUGCAGUGAAUAACAAGUUAUGGCUCCAGAGGAGGAAUGGGGAAGAUAUUCCAGUUGCUCAGACUAAAAAUAUCAAUCACAGAAGAUUUGCUGCUACCUUUAAGUUACAAGAAGUGACAAAAACUGACCAGGAUUUAUACCGCUGUGUAACUCAGUCAGAGAGAGGUUCUGGAGUGUCAAAUUUUGCUCAACUUAUUGUUAGAGAGCCACCUCGGCCCAUAGCACCCCCACAGCUGCUGGGCGUAGGGCCCACGUACUUGCUUAUUCAGCUGAAUGCCAACUCCAUCAUUGGGGAUGGACCCAUUAUCCUGAAAGAAGUGGAGUACCGAAUGACAUCUGGGACCUGGACUGAAACCCAUGCUGUCAAUGCACCAACUUACAAGCUCUGGCACUUGGACCCUGACACCGAAUAUGAGAUUCGUGUCCUGCUCACCAGACCGGGCGAAGGUGGGACAGGACAGCCAGGACCACCACUCAUCACCAGGACCAAAUGUGCUGAGCCUAUGAGAACACCAAAAACAUUGAAGAUUGCUGAGAUCCAGGCCAGACACAUUGCUGUGGACUGGGAAUCUCUUGGGUACAACAUCACUCGUUGCCACACUUUCAAUGUUACUAUAUGCUACCACUACUUCUGUGGACAUAAUGAGAGCAAGGCGGACUGCUUGGACAUGGACCCCAAAGCACCCCAGCACGUUGUGGAUCACCUGCCUCCCUACACAAAUGUCAGCCUUAAAAUGAUCUUAACCAACCCAGAAGGGAGGAAGGAAAGCGAGGAGACCAUUAUACAGACAGAUGAAGAUGUGCCAGGCCCUAUCCCUGCGAAGUCGGUUAAAGGAACUCCUUUUGAAGAUAAGAUCUUCCUCAACUGGAAGGAACCUAUGGAUCCAAAUGGCAUCAUUACUCAGUAUGAGGUCAGCUAUAGCAGUAUUCGAUCAUUUGAUCCUGCAGUUCCAGUUGCAGGACCUCCGCAAACCGUGUCGAAGCUGUGGAACAGCACACACCAUGUCUUCUCACACUUGCAUCCUGGUACUACUUACCAGUUCUUUAUACGUGCAAGCACUGUUAAAGGGUUUGGUCCAGCAACCACAAUCAAUGUAACGACCAACAUCUCAGCUCCCACAUUACCGGACUAUGAAGGAGUCGAUGCAUCUCUCAAUGAAACUGCUACUACAAUAACUGUACUCUUGAGACCGGCACAGGCCAAAGGUGCACCGAUCAGUGCCUACCAGAUUGUUGUUGAGGAGCUACACCCUCACCGGACAAAGCGAGAAACAGGUGCCAUGGAGUGCUACCAAAUCCCAGUCACCUAUCAGUCUGCUCUUAGUGGAGGGUCUCCAUAUUACUUCGCUGCUGAGCUGCCUCCAGGAAACCUGCCAGAGCCAGCCCCCUUUACUGUGGGUGACAACAGGACUUACCAGGGUUUUUGGAACCCGCCACUGGCUCCGCGGAAGGGCUACAACAUCUAUUUCCAGGCCAUGAGCAGUGUCGAGAAGGAAACCAAAACUCAGUGUGUUCGAAUAGCUACAAAAGCAGCAGCAACAGAGGAACCUGAGGUGAUUCCUGAUCCAGCAAAACAAACAGAUCGAGUGGUGAAAAUAGCAGGAAUAAGUGCUGGAAUUCUGGUAUUCAUCCUCCUUCUCCUUGUUGUCAUAUUGAUUGUCAAAAAAAGCAAACUUGCAAAGAAGCGCAAGGAUGCCAUGGGGACCACCCGGCAGGAGAUGACACACAUGGUGAACGCAAUGGACAGGAGUUACGCUGACCAGAGCACCCUGCAUGCAGAGGAUCCUCUUUCAAUCACAUUUAUGGACUCUCAUAACUUCAGUCCCAGAUAUGAAAACCACACUGCGACAGCAGAGUCCAGUCGGCUCCUGGAUGUCCCUCGUUACCUCUGCGAAGGCACAGAAUCACCGUACCAGACCGGGCAACUGCACCCUGCCAUCAGAGUGGCUGAUCUCCUGCAGCAUAUUAACCUAAUGAAGACCUCUGACAGCUAUGGAUUUAAAGAGGAGUAUGAGAGUUUCUUUGAGGGGCAGUCAGCUUCUUGGGAUGUCGCUAAGAAGGAUCAAAACAGAACAAAGAACCGCUAUGGAAACAUUAUAGCAUAUGACCACUCCAGAGUGAUUUUGCAGCCUGUUGAAGAUGAUCCAUCUUCAGAUUACAUUAAUGCCAACUACAUAGAUGGAUAUCAGAGACCAAGUCACUACAUUGCAACCCAAGGUCCAGUUCAUGAGACUGUGUAUGACUUUUGGAGAAUGAUAUGGCAGGAGCAAUCAGCUUGCGUUGUGAUGGUCACAAAUUUAGUGGAAGUUGGGAGAGUCAAGUGUUACAAGUACUGGCCUGAUGACACAGAAGUUUACGGGGACUUCAAAGUGACUUGUGUAGAGAUGGAGCCCCUUGCAGAGUAUGUUGUCAGGACCUUCACUCUGGGAAGGAGAGGCUACAAUGAAAUCCGUGAGGUUAAACAGUUUCAUUUCACUGGCUGGCCAGAUCAUGGAGUUCCUUACAAUGCCACAGGCUUGCUUUCCUUUAUACGGAGAGUGAAAUUAUCUAACCCUCCUAGUGCAGGGCCUAUUGUUGUCCAUUGCAGUGCUGGUGCUGGGCGGACAGGUUGUUACAUUGUGAUUGAUAUCAUGUUAGAUAUGGCAGAAAGAGAAGGUGUUGUGGAUAUCUACAACUGUGUCAAAGCCUUACGGUCCCGUCGCAUCAACAUGGUACAGACAGAGGAGCAGUACAUCUUUAUUCAUGAUGCCAUUCUAGAAGCUUGCCUGUGUGGAGAAACUGCCAUUCCUGUCUGCGAAUUCAAAGCUGCUUAUUUUGAUAUGAUUAGAAUAGACUCUCAGACAAACUCUUCGCAUCUCAAAGAUGAGUUUCAGACCCUGAAUUCUGUGACCCCUCGCCUGCAAGCAGAGGACUGCAGCAUAGCCUGCUUGCCAAGGAACCACGACAAGAACCGUUUCAUGGAUAUGCUGCCACCUGACAGAUGUCUGCCUUUCUUAAUUACUAUUGAUGGGGAAAGCAGCAACUACAUCAAUGCUGCUCUUAUGGACAGCUACAGGCAGCCAGCAGCUUUUAUUGUCACACAACAUCCUUUACCAAACACUGUGAAAGAUUUCUGGAGAUUAGUGUAUGACUACGGCUGUACUUCUCUUGUGAUGUUAAAUGAAGUCGACUUAGCACAGGGCUGCCCACAGUACUGGCCCGAGGAAGGGAUCCUGCGAUAUGGCCCCAUCCAAGUGGAAUGCAUGUCUUGCUCAAUGGACUGCGACGUCAUAAACCGAAUUUUCAGGAUAUGCAAUCUAACAAGACCACAAGAGGGCUACCUGAUGGUGCAGCAAUUCCAGUAUUUGGGAUGGGCUUCUCACAGAGAUGUACCAGCUUCCAAGAGGUCCUUCUUGAAGUUAAUUCUCCAAGUUGAAAAAUGGCAAGAGGAAUGUGAAGAAGGAGAAGGCCGGACCAUCAUCCAUUGCCUAAAUGGCGGUGGCCGGAGUGGGAUGUUCUGUGCCAUCGGCAUCGUGGUUGAGAUGGUUAAAAGGCAGAACGUGGUGGAUGUUUUCCAUGCCGUGAAGACUUUGCGGAACAGUAAGCCCAACAUGGUAGAAACUCCGGAACAAUAUCGCUUCUGCUACGAUGUUGCACUGGAGUACUUGGAGUCCUCUUAGUCAGAAUGGAUGUGACAAAGUGCACCAAAUACGUGAAUCUCAACAAGCUGUUUUGAAAACAGUUCUUGAUCCUGUGAAGAAAGAUUUU